UGGGCGGGGCCUCCUGCGGUGUGUGCAGACAAUAGACCGAGCAGGGAGAGAGAAAGUGACAGACAGACAGAGGAGGAGGAGGAGGAGGAGGAAGAGAAGACCUUCAUCUUCAGCGUGGAGAGGAAGGAAAAGGCGAACAGUUCAAAGAUCUCCGACGUUUCCUCUGUUAGUCACGGGGUCACAUGGUGUCUGCAUGGACUGACAGGAUCUACAUUUGCACAGGUAAGAGCUGAUAAGGUGAUUAAUCAAUUAACUGAUUAAUUAUGCUCGUUUGUCUGUAUUAGGGUGCUUUGUUUUGAUAGGACGAGCUGAAGUCUCUUCAUUGUGUCUGAAUGUGUGUGUGUGUCUGUGUGUGGCUCAGAUACACACCAUCACAGCAGGACUGAUGUUGUGCUCAGAGGCAGCAGUAUUAAUCUCUUUUUUAGGAUACAGUAUUGAAAGAAAAUCAAUAAUCAAUCAUGUUUUUAACUGUUACACACAAAGUUAAAAACGUGACACACACACAUUUACACACAUACACACACACACUGACUGAGUGGAACAAUAGAUCAUCUCUCCAGCUGCAUGUGCACACCUCUAUGUAUUUUCCACGGUGCAUUUAUUGAUCAGCACAUUUUUUAAGGAUUCUUCCCACGCACACACGCUCACGUGCACGCCCUCAGCUGUACCUGUGUGCACAUGUGAAGCACGCUGUGGUGUUAGUGGUGAUGGUGAAGCUUUGUGUCUGCUGAGUCUUUGUGCUGUGAAGGCUGCUCUGUGCGGUCUGUACACACUCACUGAAGCUGGCAGUAGAUCCUGCAAGCUGUGGUUUCACUAUCAAUCUCGGUAUCAUCAAGAUAUUCAGUUUAAAAACAGGAUUUUUUUUUUAAUAGAGCUGCAGGUUAUCCUUAGUUUUUGCACAUUGUACAGAGAUGACGCCUUCAGGAUUUGUUAAUUACAUUGUCAGUUAAAUAGCAAUCAUGAUCAGUUUGCUGCUUUUCUCUGUCACAACUGACUGAAAACUAAUGUGUCAGAUUAAAAGGAUGUUUAAAAAAUAGGGAAACUUUUGGUAAUUUAUUGUUUUUCCUCUAUUUUUCCCCUUAUAUUAAUGCACGCUUUGUCUAACAUCAGAGGAGUAACAUGAAAAAGGUUUUGAAGUGUGGGAGGAGGAGUCUGCAGAGGACACUGAUAAUUUAAUAUGCAAGAGUUUCUGCAAUAUUUUGUUCUGUUUUUGGUUGCUUUUUUUCGCUGUUCAAAGAAAUAAUGUCAACAUAAUAACAAUGAGAAUGGCGACACACCAAUGCUAGCCAGGUAUAUGUAAACCAGGAGUGUGUGCUUUUACCCAAAUGAACAAUUAUUUAUUAAUGUUGGCUAAAAGAUGCUGCUUUUAAGUUGUCCAAGCUGAAGUGGAGCCAAAGCCACUAACCAAAGCUGUAGCUCCAGUCAGCUACAGCAGUAAUGCCACAGUUCUCUACUACCAGUCCAUAGACAACUAAAGAUAACAGACGGCAUUUCGUAGUGUGAUGUGGUUUGGUGGUGUUUGAUCUAUAAGUGUUGAUAAGGUUGUAUGCAGGCUGUGGUUGUAGUUUAAAGCCACCACAGGUAUGAUUUUUUCCUGCAAGGGUUACCAAAGGCUGGUGGUGCUAGCUCUGUUGGUGCUAGACGCACUCAAGAAAUUGACAAAACAAACCAAGCCCAACUUGGUCAGCCAGAGUUGAAAUUACACAUGAUGUAAUAGUUUGCACACAAAAUUAGCAUGUCUACUUGUCCACAGAUAGAAAACUUGCACAACACUAUGAUUAAGAUUGAUUUUACACAGGGAAUCUCUAUGCUGGUUGACUACUGCAGUAAAAGUUAUUUACUUGAGUUCAGAUUUUUCAUCCCUCACAAGGCGAGUAGCCUGUUGAAGGCAUCACGAAUAUGCACGUAUAAUCUGCUCAAUUCAUGCUGUUCACUUCACGAUGAGACUUCAUGAAUUCGCUCACACUAAUGACUUUAUUCGUAUUUGGUGUGAACACAACUUGAGUGGGAUGUCUAAGUUCAAAGGACAUUCUGGAUGGAGGUUAUCUCUGAAUUUCGGACCAUCCCUUAUCCCUUAAAAUUAUCCCUUAUGCAUCAUACUGUGAUGAACAUACACUGUGUUUAUCAUGUUUGCAUGCUAAUGUGUGCUAAAAACCAUCAAUUACAAAUAGUAGUUAGAAGGCUGUUUGAACUGAUGAUAUCUGCCUUGUGUUGUCGCUCAUUCAGCAUCAUAAAAAAUCCCUCAACAUUAAGCUCUAUUCUUUUACUCCUGAGAUAAAACCCAGUUAACCUGAAUGAAAGCGUAUUUUUCUCUACUGUAGACCUCAGUAAAGGUUUUAUAUCCGCUCAAAUGUUACUCAACGUGUUAAUAUGUGUUCAUUCAGUGUUUUUUCUCACUUGGUUGUUGUAUUGAUUUCACAUAACUGAUGAUUAAUUAGGUGCUAAUGUUUUACAGGUCCGUUUUAGCCUCAGCGCUGAUGAGGGGCAGUUUUUCUAGAGGGUCAUUACUCAGCAUGUUAGUCAGCUCUGUCACCUUUAUGUUUCGUGUGGGAACGAUUUGUGGCGUUAAUGGUGAGGACUUUAUUGAUCCUCGGUUCGGAGCUAAAGCAUGCUGAAGAUGAACAGUCUGUGGCUGAGAUUUGUGUUUCAGGGAGCAGCAGAUUGAUUUUGGUUCAGUAACAAAACAUGGUAGCAUAUCAGAGAUCAUCUGGGACCAUGAAUAGAUUUAUAAGCAGGUCUAAAAUUUUAAAAGUGACUGUACAUCAGUGCAGAGUCUGUGGUACAGGAGUAGUGUGAUCUCUUUUUUAUUCUGAGUUAAACUCUGCCAGCAUCUCUCCGUUCAAGCUGUGAUUGAUUUCCUGACUGUCUCUGAGAGACUGCAGAGAAUAACUUUGCAGGAGUCAGAGUCUGCUUGAUGUAAAAGUUUGCACAAACUUUGCUGUCAAGGAAAGAAGAAACUGUUCUGACCUUAAGUAAUCUUUCAUUUUCUGUGAGGGUAAAAGAAAGCCAGACUUCGGACAGUCUCUUUACGCCAGAGAUGGAGCUUGAGGGUUUCUUUCGCUUUGUUAGUUGUUGGGCUGGGAAAUCAAUCAAAAAUGAAUCAAAAAUAACAGACUUUCUCAUUAACUAACAAAAUAGCAAACACAUUGGCUUAAAAAAUUGUAUUUAAAAUUUUCUUACUUUGCUUUCAGUCCAGACUACAACAACUGUCUGUUACCAUAGUCCCUGUGUCAGAUCAGGAGGGUGCUGUUCUUGGAGUGGCUUCACCCAGUGAGGAGGCAGACGCUGUCCAUUCUAUAUACAGUCUAUGGUUGUGACUUUACUAACAAACAUGACAGAUGAAAGGAGAGUACCCGACCAAUCAUCACUACCAAUGUGAUAAUGUUAAAGGGAAAAGGCACUGAGCUAGAGGACACCCAGGCAGACGUACGGCAGUUACUCAGUCGGUUGCCAAAGCAUGUCUGCUUUAUUUCUCUGCAACAUUUCUCUUUUCUCUGUCUUUUCUGGCACAUCACAAAGGCAGGGAUGUUGUUGCCAGUUCUCUGUCUCAUAAUUAUACACCACAAGCAUUAUUCUUCUUUGACUUGGCCACUUUGAUUAUGCUCAUGAGUGUUUCUCAUGUAGAGCACCCUGCUUUUAUUCACUGGUGUCACUAACGUUCCUGAAAAAAAGACGACACACAACUCAAGAUAUGAAGAUUUAUAUUGAAACCAAGGGGUGCCAAUACCCUAGGACUGCAGCAUCAGGUUAUACAAAAACUUGAUACCACUUGCAUAGUCACGUGAUCCUCUUCCAGCCUGGGACAUGAAAAACAACAUGUGGGAGAACUCGAACUCUAAGCCAACUGAGUAACUCAAGCAGAUUGCACCAAAGAAAAAAGAUGCCACAUUUUGGCUUCAGUGAAGAUGACAGAACAAAAAGAAGUCAUGUAUACGCAACAGAAGGUAACACCACCAUCUGUGUCAACACUUGGAGCACAACUAGUUUGAGUUUGUACUGUGCAUGGCUUCACAAAGCAGCUGUCAAUAACACAUGCUUUACAUAAAGCUACUAUUUCAGUCUACUUCUGCCUAUAAAUCAAAUCCCCCACCUACUUUUCUCAUGUAUCCUGCUUGAAUGGACAACACUUUGUGUUACAUUCUGUGUAUGAAAAGUGUUUUAUAAAUAAAGCUUGAUUGGUUGAUUGAUUGAUUGAUUGAUUUAGUCUACAGUUCUGACACCUGCGUAGAGAUAAAAGGAGAGAGUCCAGGUGAGAUGACAUGAAACUUCAUAAACUGCAGGCUACAAGUGAAUGCCGUUUACUUAUCUAGAAGUCAUCAUUGAUCCCUGUUGAUGUAUUUCAUCAUGUUAAACUUGGGUCUGAAGCCAUAUGAUAGUAAUCUAAAAAAUCACCUUCUCCUGCAUGUGGUCUCCCAUCACAUCAUAGACUCUACAUGCACUGAGUGUAGAUGCUUAAAGUACUCAGUGGUUAGUUUUAGCAGUCGACACAUGAGCUCACAGUGUUGAAGGGUACUGGAACAAGCAAAGACAACACAGUCUUAAAAUCAAGCUGCAAACUCUGAUCUUGAGAAAUAAAGCCAAUGCGAAAGUGCUUAAAAAGUGUUGCUUCCUGAGUGUCUGCUUGAAGCACCAGAAAACACGCAAUCACACUAAAAAUGGACUUCUUUGGCUUAGUGUGAUUUCUAAGCAAAAAACAGCCCAUUUUAGAGCAAAAAUUAACACGUUCAAAAAACAGUCUUUGUCCAAAUGGUUUAGGGCUCUUAUGGCACCCAGUGAACUGUAAGUGAUUUUUUCAAAACACAUUCAUCACAAAAAUAUUGAGGUUAUAAGAUUGCCGAAGUAUAAGGCACGGCUGACCUGACUGACAAGCGAGCACACCGUAGCUAUUAAGAAGAUGGCUAAAGGCCCUUACUUACUUAUGUGGCAACCACUGUCAGUAGACUUUAAAUGGGAUUUGUCGCCUAGACUACGGCCCUGUAUUAUACAGUCUAUGGUUUGGCCCAGGCGGCACAUGUGCUUACAACUUUAAUGAGCACUGGAACAAGCGGGAAAACACUGUCUCAAAAUACAUCCUGUUUAAUCGAGUGUUCGCGUUGGUAUGUGUGACGGCGGCAGCGAUGGUCUUCUUUAUUUUGAUACAGCGAAAGAAAACUGCAUUACUUCAUAACCGCCGAGGCAGUAUUAGACAUAUAUGUGGUAGAACAGCAUAAUGUGUUUCAGGUCAUAUGACUGACACCUCACAGUGGAUAAGGCUCUCCCCUAGCCACAGCAAAACCUUAUCAAGCAAAAAAUAAAAGAGGUGUACAUUAAUUGUUAUUUUGGUAAAAUGCUCACAACUAAUUGUGAUAUUGAUUUGAGACCAUUUGGUGCAGCACUUUUUAGUUGUUGAAGAUUUAUUCAGUAAAAUAGAUUUAAAUUAAUGGAAAGACUGACUGCUUUUUAAUGGAUAAUUUAAUCAAAACACUGGUACCAAAAUGAAGUAUAUAGGAAAAACGCUGUCACUGAUAAUCUCAUUUCACUAAGUAGGUCAUGAGAAGGCACGCGUUUCAGAGCGACAUUUUACACAAAAAAGGAUAAAUCUCAUAGUAGCUUUGAUAAUAACUAGAACAGUGUUUUUAAGAUUCAUUCAAAGGAAAAAAGGCUGAAAAGAAAAAACUCAUGACAUAAAGCAGAUGACCCAACAAACAUCACAGAUUGCCGCAGUAGGUAGAGAAUAAAGAAAGAGAAAAAUAAAAGCAACAUGAAUAAUUAUUGUCUUUCACCCCCUGUGCUCUCCCUGCAGUCCCUCCUCCUCACAGGUGCACUCACCUGCUCCUGUCUGGUGCAGGACGAGGUAAUAUUACUUGUAGGCGGCAGUCUGAGCUCCAGCUGUGCUUUGAUUACAGUCGCGCAUUUUUCUGACAGUCACAGCAAAGACAACACGGCUGUACCCCCAUCAUCAGAAGUCAAACAGACCCUGAUGCUCCUGCAGCUCCUCUGGGGAGCAGCAUUGGCUCGUUCACCCUAAGGAGAAGGAGCAGGGGCUGCUGGGAGCCGAACAGAGAGCGUGUUAAUGAGAGCUGGUUGUGAUGGUUUGAUCUGCAGACUGUUUGAUGUGGUGACAGAAUGAGAGAACAGACGAGUGUUAGAUGUGAUGAUGAGUGGAGGGUUUAGAGGGAGCAUGAAACGGUUCAUCCUGCACACAAACACGUCAGGAGUAUCAUGCUGAAAAUAAAAAGAGAGCAGGAAACAUGGCACUCUUUUACCAUGCAAGCUCGAGAGUGGAAAUGAACAUCGAUUUUAUAGAUACCAAAUAAAAUUAGGAGUAAAGAACUUGUUAUAGUAAAUUUUAAAAAAUGUCAGUAUUUGUAUCUCCUGGUGUGAAGCAAUUUCCAGGAUCAACAACUGAUUUGUAAUGUUGUAUACACAUAAUUCCUUUAAAAGCAGAGUCAUCUGCAUAGCUAUGAAACCUGAUAAAUUGCAAUCCUUAGUGAUUAGAAAAAAUAAGCAUCUUAACAGUUUUAUUUAGCACCUUCAUGUAAAAAAUUCAGCCAAGUUUAAGAUGUACAAUUAAAUAAAAUGUGCAAUAAUUAAACAGUGAUUAUGACAGUAAAAACAAUUAAAAAUAAAGAAGUGCCAAAAAUGGGAAUUUAAAAAAAGACAACACAUAAAUCAGCAAAAUCUGUUUGAAAUAAAAACACACAAUGAUAUCAUCAGUAACAAACCAGGGGUAAACUCCAAUCAAAAUAUGUACUCUGAAAAGUAGAGGACCUAAAAUCGAGCCUUGUGGAACUGUUUUAAGAAGCUGUAAUUGGAUAGAUCCAUCUGAGGUGAUAACCUUUUUCAUUAUCAGUACGAUGUGUGUGCACAGUUCUUUGGUUAAAUGUGUGAUGUCCUUUUUUUCAAUCCAGAUUGAGCUGGACCUCCUGUGAAGAGUUUUUUGCUGUUCUUAAACAAACUAGGAUUAACAGUGAUGCCUCUUUGUGACAAAAGCAAACAAGUCCAUCAGCAGUAGUACUGACAAUCUAAACUGCAUUUUUUGAUGUUAGAAACCACUGUGAGGGGGUUAGUGGCAGACCGGGUGAUUGACAGCCAACUGAGAAAAAAACAUUUGAGAUGUUUUCUUUUUCCAAAGCAAAUAUUCACAGUGAGUAAUAUAUUUAUCUGUUACAAGAUCACUGGGUGAAUUUUAUUUAUUUAUUAUUUUUGGUGUGAUGAAACUACUGACACACUUACAGGACAGUAUCAGCAAGAUGAGGUAUCAGUUUGUUAACAGAGGCUCCAAAACACAACUAAAUGUUUCUAAAGGGACUUUUAUGUGAAGCAGUUUUAGCUCGACAGUAAAUCCUCAAAAGGAUGUAGUUUAUCAGCAUGAUUGUGAAAGAAAAUGAUGGAAUAAUGAAAGAAUCUAGACACCUUCACAUUUAAGCACCACUGACCUGCACACCUUGUAUGCAGAGGCUACACAUCUGUGUAUCACUCCUUUUCCGCGUGUCACUCCUUGCUAUCUUUCCCUGCUUCCUUCUCUGUCCCCUUGUCCUAUUCUCUCCAAAUAGAGUCAAAAAAAAAAAAAAAAAAAAACCCCGGAAAAAAGUCUCCAAAUAUUUCAAUGUAUACAAAUUUUUAGGAGAUUGCAGUUGGAGUUGCAGUUCCCCAAGUGUCCUCUUGGGGGUGUCUCCAAAAGUGAGUCAUCUUCAUAGAGCCUUAUGUUAAAAUUUCAGACUUCAAAGCAGAAAAAGACAUGUUUACAGCCUGGUACAAAAUCAGUUCUUAUCACUGUAACUCAUUACACUGUGGGGAAAAUGUCUACCUAACUCACCUUUUUUAACUAUAUUAAUAGCAGGAGUUACAUACCAUUAUGCACGAUAAAGGUCAUGGCUGAUUUGAUUGACAAGUUGGUGUGUUGUGACGGUGUGCCAGGUAGUAAGGGAUUUGGCCGUAGCCCCACGGCCCAGAUGGACUUUUUUGACUGUUUUUAGAUGAUUGAGAUGUUAGUUGGAGUCAUUGGAGUUGGGCAUGUUCAAUCAUUUUUACAAGAACAGUCAUUCCUCAUUAAGUUUUAUAUCACUGUUUUAGUUGUUUGUAUAACCAGUACAGGUCUUUUUAAUCAAGCCGUCGGUGUGUCUUCAAUGAAUCAAGCCUGAAUAGUAUUAAAGUGAAGGUCUCAUUAUAUAAAAGUUGAGAAUUAAAUGGAAAAUAAAGGGGACAGUUUUUCUGUCGCUCCUCUUCUUCUCACAUAAACAGACUGAAUAAUCUGUGUUUGGUUUAAUUGUUUUCACACACCAAACUCUAGUUCUGUGCAAACACACACGCAUACACACACACACACUCACACUCAGACAGCAGCCCAGAUGGACUUCCUGUCUGAUUCAACAGUGUCUCAGCCCUGUUAAUGAGAGAGGGUGAAAUUCUGCAGCACCAUCAGAGCUGUGAAGUCUGUCCAUCAUUCAGAGAGCUGGAGAGGAGAAGAGAGGAAGGCAUGUGUGAGGAGAUCAGCUGAGGAGGAAGAGGAAAGGGGAGGGAGGGUGAGACAAAUCUGCUGAGAUGGAAACAUCACAGGAUCAUCAAUGCAGCAGGAUCAUUAAUCAGCAUUUCAUAACCCGCUCUGUAAACAGAAGUUAGUCAACUUAAUCUGACUGUUCACACUCUUUGUAGUUGGCCAGCCGUCUUUACCCGCUCCACUCUUGCUACAUAUUUUGUCACAAUAGAGGUUGUUGUCUUUGACUUUUCCAUUUUCACACCUUCUGUUCAGACUAUUUGACUUGUCGUAUUCAAGAUAAGAAAAAAAAAACAACUCACAGAUUCCAGGUUGUUGCUGUGAGGUGAAAAUGAGAACAAGAUCUACUUAUAGGAAGAAGUCAGAGAUGUUAUAAAUAAUUGUUGUUGUAAGGGUUAACAAAAAGAGCAAGGGUGAUUGAUUUUUAAGAAACAAAGUUGAAAGAUCCCCAAAAGACUCCAGCAUCAUGAAUGUGGUCAGUUUUGGAGACUGAAUUGGCUGAGGUAACAUCUAGCACAUCUUACCUGCCAUUUAAGGAGGCUGGACCCUUAAAAAGAUUUAAUUUAUGCCGGCAUGUAAAUUAAAGAGGUUAAUUAAAUGAUAAGUCAGCCCCUAACAGAAACAAAAAAACAACAACAAAAAAACUGUUUUUGUACCAGGCUGUAAACCUGUUUGUUUCUAAACAUUUUAUAAUGGGGUUUAUUGAGGGUUACCUCGCUUUUGAAACCAGCCUCUAGUGGACAGCUACAGAACUGCAGUUUCUUACCAUCUACUUCUAGCAUUGACAACCAAAGUGACCUAAUGUUAUGACUUUUUUUGGCAAGAAUUUACCUUUUUAGUUAAGUUUUACGGUAGCUUUAGAAAUUUUUUAAUAUCUUUGCUUAACUUGAUUUUAAGCCAAAGGUAAUAAAUAAGGAUAAAGUGUAAAAGCCGAUACCUGUCUUACUUCACUUUUUGUGUUUUUUUUUUUUUUGGUACAGGACAGUUUAUAUUUGUUUAAACACUAAAAAAUAACAUUCACUUAAUUUUUUGCUGUUGGUUGUAGAGCAACACAUUGCUGACCAAACUUUAUUAAUAAACAGUUGUAUGAUAUGUGGCCACCAGCAAAAAGGACAUUUUUUUUUAACAUGGUAUCCGUUUUUAAUUUUCUGUUAUUAUCAAUCCCACUGAAUCGCAGCAGUCCUGGUUUAAACUAAAGUAAAUGUAAUCCAAACCUCGUUCUUUGUUUGUGCUCUGUCUGUUGAGGCUGACUGCUGGGAAAACAGAGAGAGAAAUACGUUUCACACCUUUUCUUCAUGUUUUCCCUCCUCCGUGGAGCUUUUUGCUUUGAAAAAUGUUUUUCGCAUAAACAGAAAGUGAUGUUAUGAUUCAGAGUCUUUUUUUUUUAACAGCUCAUUGGUCUGAUGAUAACACCAAACAGAACAGGAGGGGUCUGCAGUAGGACAGGGUGUGGGGGUCUCUGUGGGAUAUAUUAUGGAAGGAUACAAGGUACAUUCUGAACAUUUUAUUUCCUUCCUCCAGGCCAGGAACCUCCACCUAAGACCGACCCCUCUCCUCAGCCCCAUCCUGUUACUCCAAGUCCCCUUCAGUCCACCUUGCCUCUCCUCCAACCUCCUCAACAAUGACGUCCUCUCCUCACGGCUCUCGAGUGUCCAUGGACAUCCUGGAGGAGCUGCAGCUAAUCGCGGCUCAGAACCUGGAAAAACUGGACCUGAACAAAUACUACGAGGUGGUCUGUGAGCUGGGCAAGGGCACCUAUGGGAAAGUGGACCUGGUGGUACACAAGAUUCGAGGUAAACCCUGUCAGAUGGUACUUGUACUUGAGUAAGAAAACUCAUACUAGUCUGUGCUCAGGUGAAAUUUUCUCAUUUCUCUGUGUAUUUUCUAAAUAAAGGCUUCCUCUCUCUGCAGUGAUUUAGCACACAUACAGACAGCUUAAAUGCAGCACUUAACUAAUGCAAAAUCUGCUCGACCUUUUCACUUUAAAAGCCCAAAUGUCGACCAUCUGCUGCAGUUUUUUUUUUUUUAUGGGGCACAGAGCUGCAGCUGCACCAACGUUCAGAGAUUAAAUCUGACCUUUUUCAGGCCGUGAAAUGUGCAGCUGAAGGAUGUGGAUAGACCAAAUUGUUUCUGUGGUUUUAUUAUGUGUGAAAAUCAUCUUUACACAGUGAAGCUUUAAUCGUGGGCAGUUGCUUUGUCUAAACUUAAUAAAUGCUUGAAAAAUAAAUUGGCCAAAGGUCAGUUAAUAUCUGACUUUGUGCAAAUGGAGUUUUGAGAAGACGACAGUUUAGACGUUGGAUUGAUUCACAGUAGCUGUGCGUGUGACACAAAUAUGAGACUCUUACUGACAGUAAUGCCUUUAUAGUGAGAAUUUGACCGAUAAAUUAGAUCCAAUCCUCUUUUCUCGGUUAUUUAAAUUGAUUUUUUGUUUUUUUACAUUAAACCAACAAAGCAUUUACCUUUAUAUUAUACAAAAUGUGUGGCAGGUAUGAGAAGAAGCUGUGAACAGAGGUGAGACAACAGAGCUACAGAAGAUAUUCAGAUCUUUCCAUGUACUACCCACUGUGAUCCUCUUUAGUUUUAAAACUAGAGUGAAGCAGCCGUACACACCCACUGAGCAUUUUUUUUGGUCUAAAAGAGGUCUAAUAGACGUCUAAAUGUAGCCGAGACCAGUGGUUCUCAAGUCCACACCUGAUUCAAAUGAUCAGCUCGUUAUCAAGCUCUGUAAUGGUUUAAUAACGAGCUGAUCAUUUGAAUCGGGUGUGUUGGAGCAGGGAAACAUCCAAAACAUGCAGAGGACUGGACUUGAGAACCACUGGCCGAGACGACUGGUCUAAAAUCAGGCUACCACAGAUCUAAAAAUGAAAGUCUUUAAGGCCCGAACUACACGAAUGCGGAUAUAUUUCAAACCGCACAUAUUUAUGUCCGAUUAGGCCUCCCUACCACACCAAAACAGGAGUUUGGAGCACUCAAACCGGAUAAAUCUGAAUCCGGAAAAACAAGUGGAGAAAUAAAAAAAUAUCCGUAUCCCGUAUCCACAGUGGAUUCGUGUGGUUGGACUUUUACGGAUCGAUGACGUCAAACCGCAGCUCGCGCAUGCGAAUUAAAAAGAAAAACAACAACGAUGACGGACAGACAGGGUAUUCUUUACGUUUGUUUUGCCCUUUUGGGGCUAAUUUCAGCCUUGCAAGUGAACCUUGUUUUAUACAAUUACAUUCACCAGUCAGCCAGCUCACAGACGCGUCUGCUGCGGCCAAUACUUUUAUUGGUCUUUUAGUGUAGCUUCCGCAAACAAUGCAUGACGCAUCACGCUGUUACGAUUCAUCGGCCAAUCGGUUAGCUUUGUUCCUGAAUUUUUUUUAAGCGGCACCAGAUAGGAUUGAGUUUUAAGGCUACGUGUGGACGCAGAUAUUUUUGAGAACUAACACGUGUGGACAGAUACAUUUAUUUAGACGGGAGUACAAAAAUAUCCUGAUAAAUAAAUAUCCAUAUACGUGUAGUUCGGGCCUAAGAUGUCUAAAUUGAGACCAAGUCUAAAUCUGGGCUAUAUCUAUACUACACUGUAUAUUGCUCAACGGCUAUCAUAAUUAUUUUGUUUAAGUACUUGGAGGUCAGUUAUGCAACUCACAGUUACUUUUUGAAAUAAACAGUUAUCAAAUAAUGGGUUAAAGUGCAACAUCUAACUUCUAAUUCUAAAAAUAUACAGAAUCUAGGUGGUUGAAAUUAGGUCUAAAAAAAAACUAGACCUCUAAUAGCCAUCUGUUGCUCAGUGGACAUGAUGCAACUCUUCACAUUUCCUCUGGCUGCAAAUUGUUCAUGUGAAGUUGUUUGACUCUUGUUAAAGAAAACGUACUUGUGUUUUGGUCCAUGAGGCAGACUUUCCAAGUUUAAAACACCUGUGAGAAAUUCUCACUUUGUAUUGAGUCUGGCACCCCCUGUGGACAGAGUGGUAUCUAUUGUGUUGGUAUUGAUCAUUUGAUCAUUUUAAUGGAUUUUGAUACACUUGAUACCAUAUCAACACAACAUGGGGCACAUUCCUCACACCUGCAGGGGCUCCAGUAGAGGGCGCUCAUGUUAGUCACAAAACACCACUACCAGUACAAACCCAGUCAGUUUUGAUGCCAACAAUAUUAAUUCAAUUAAAAUAAAAAGAUGAAAAAUAAUGGCAGCAGGGAUAAUUCAUACUGUCGCAUUUUCACAAAAGGGCUGAGUUGACAGUUUUUAGGGCAAGAGCAUUAUUUUGUUUGUACACAGUCAUUACUUAAUAAACAUUAUCAUCCUCUUGGUGGGAUUUUGGGGUCUAAAGCAGCUAAUAAUUCUGCAGACUGAUAAUGUUGUUGAGCUCAUCCUGACUCUGGUAAACUCUUCCUCCUCCUGAUGUUUCAUCAGAUGAAGAACAAAAAGUCAGCUCUCUGUUAACCUUCUCCACAGAGCAAAAACACACAGAGCACUUUUCAGAGCUGAUCUGGUGCUAUUGGAGAGGACUCUCCUCUUUGCUGACACGGUAACAGUCAGACAGACGGAGGACACUGUGGCAGAUCUCCAGGUUAUAGUCUGGAUUAUUUUAGAUUAACCCUUUCACAUCUCACUUUCUCUAAUGCUGCAGGAUGAGUCUGCUGAGCUCAAAAGCUACCUCUACAGAUAGAGAGCCACAUUUCUAUAAGUCCUUUUACAGUUUAAUAUCAGGAGAAAAUAUUUACAGAAAAUAAGAGGCUCUUUUUCUUCCUCCUCUUUAUUUUCUGUCAUCUUAUUUAAUCUCUCUAUAUGGACUACUAGCUUCACUUUGACCCCCCAAAAAAAACCCUGAAACAGAAACAGCUGAGCGGUAACCUGGUCUUUUUGUGAGCAGAUCCAGUCUGUGAGAGAUUACGCAAGUUUGAAACAUCCACUCCAUUAAUUCAGGGACAUUUAAUUAUUCAAUCAAAAUUUUCAGAUGCUUUUAAUUGAGUUUUCUGAAUGCAAUUAUGUGAACGUUUAAUGAAUCCCUGAAUGUUUUGAUUUACUGAAGAAAGGAAGAAAAAGAGGAGAGAAAUGAAAUGAUGAAUCCAGGGUUAUGUAACCUCCGUUUUUGUUCUUUGUUUAAUUUUCAGGCACUAAAAUGGCGCUGAAGUUUCUGAGGAAGAAGACCACAAAGCUGAAGAGUUUUCUGAGAGAGUACAGCGUGUCGCUCUACCUGUCGCCCUGCCCCUUUAUCAUCAACAUGUUCGGCAUCGCCUUCGAAACCGACGACUACUAUAUCUUCGCUCAGGAGUACGCCCUCGCCGGGGACCUGUUUGACAUCAUCCCGCCACAGGUGACUUAACUAUGUUCAGAAGUAGAGAUGAGGAUCAUUGAGUUUUGUUGAUAUGGAUACCAUUCCUGAAACUGAUAACUCAAUCCGGCAGGGGAAGGUCCCGCCCUCCUUCGCCUCUGAUUGGCUAGAAGUGCUGAAGUGCUGUGAAACGUCAUUGUCGGUCGGGUUAGGGUCAGGAUUAGGAUUAGGGUUAGGAUUAGGGUUAAGGUUUGGAUUAGGAUUAGGGUUAGGGUUAGGGUAAGGAGAUUCAGAAGUGUGAUAAUGUUCUGUAAUGUUCUGUUCAAUGUAUAGAGCCAACAGCCCGCUUUUGGCUUGAGCGUGCGAUAACGUUUCCAGCUUUUCUAGCCAAUCAGAGGCGAAGGAGGCGGGACUUUCCCCUACCAUCCUACAAAAAAAAAAAACACGUCCGGCAGCACACUGUUUGUUAAACUGAAAGAGUUGUGCUAAAGUUUGAUGUCCUUGUUCUCCUUCUCUGUGUUCAGGUGGGACUCCCAGAGACUGUGGCGAAGCGUUGUGUCCACCAAGUGGCGAUCGCCCUGGACUACCUCCAUAGUAAGAAGCUGGUCCACCGAGACAUCAAACCCGAGAACGUCCUCAUUUUUGACAAAGAAUGCAGGAAAGUGAAGCUGUCUGACUUCGGGAUGACACGGCGUGCUGGGUCCCCGGUGAAGCGCGUCAGCGGUACGAUCCCGUACACGGCGCCUGAAUUAUGCGACAUGUCACGACACGAGGGAUUCUUCGUGGACUUCAGCACAGAUGUGUGGGCUUUUGGCGUGCUGCUGUUCUGCAUGCUGACAGGAAACUUCCCCUGGGAGAAGGCCAUGCCUGGCGAUGCCUUUUUCGAGGAGUUUGUUCGCUGGCAACGUCGCCGGACUCCCACGGUGCCAUCGCAGUGGCGUCGUUUCACUGAUGACGCUCUUCGAAUGUUCCGGCGGCUCCUCUCCGUGGAGGAGGAGCGCCGCUGCUCGGUUAAAGACGUCUUCAGCUUUUUGAACCACUGCUGGAUGGUGGACGUGGAGAACGGGAACAGUGGUGGUGGCAUUUUAGCAACAAGUGCCCCUCCUCUGGAUAUCAGCUCGUCUUCGUCUGAGGAGGAUGUACUGGUGGACAGACUGAAGCACCAGAGUCUUUCUUCUGCAUGUGUGACAUCAAAGACCAGUAUCAUGAUGGACACCCACUACUCUUCCAUGUCCACCAACAGCUCGCCAUCUUCAUCUGGCAGCUACGAGCGUGUCAACAGAGAAAACAACGAACGAGGGCGCAUCCUGGUGACCACGCCCAUCGAGAUCUGUGUGUAGAGAAGCUGAGUAGACCUGAGGAACCUCUAUAUCUUAGCAAGCUUAACAGGAAGUCUGCUCCACACGAGAGACUGAAGAAGACUCCUCCAAUUUAAGGGGAGAUGCAGAGGAGCAGAGUGUAGCGUCUGGUGUUCGGGGCCUGCCGUCCGACGUCACAGCUCCACCUUGGAUCAACUCGUCUCUGAUGAAGAUACGGUCUGAGGAGACGAGCAGAGAGACGAUCAGGAGGUGGUCUGUCUAGAUUUAGAAACUGCAGCACUUCAAUUAUUCUCAAGUUACAUUUUUGGUAUUUAAGUUGGACUUCAGCUCCAGAAAACCUGAACUCUGAGGAAAAAUCUGAAAACAUUAAAAGCAAAAACCUUCAUAAUCAGAAGCAAUAUGUAGAAAUGUUUAAUCCAGUUUCUGUAAAAAGAAAAAAAAAACUGGGAAGAAGAAACUUGUUUUCGUGGAAGUGGAUUUCAGUGACUGAUGGUUCUGUUUGUUACAUGUCGUGAAACAUUUUCAUGUUUGUACAUUAGUGUCUGUAAAGUGUUUUUUUUUACACUUUAUUAAAACUGAUCUUAAAUUAUUUAAUUAUCAAAUAUGAAUAUUCAUGAUCUUUGUCUGUAAAGUUGAAAUUUAUUAUUUUUUGUCAUGAUUUCAGUUUCUGUACAAAUAGGUGACUUUUCAUUGACUUAUAUUUUGUUGUUGUAAAUCUUCAUAACAGAUGUUGUUAGCUAUUUUAUUUCUCUUAAAUGUGUUUUCCAUGUUGCUCAAUGAUGCUUGAAGAGGCUGUAAAGUAGCAAACAAGCUGGUGAACCCUCCUCAUGUUCAGCAGUGUUUCAUGGGAGACUAUGAGGGAAACUGAAGCAUAAACUAAGAAUGACUGUAAGACAUUGACUUUGAGACUUUAUGAUGUGACGAAAAGAAAAGAUACAAUAUUGUAAUGGAUAACACUUAAUUCAAUUUGCAUGGUUGAUGGCUUAAAAUGAAGUGUACCCUAUAUUUAACUGUUCAGAUGAAUAACAGGGAUACAUUAAGACUUUCUCCCAAAAAACAUGAAAUAUAUGCUCAACACAACGCUCAUUUUAAUAUAUUUUAAGUGUCCUGGUUGAUAUAACCUGCUCUCCCAAUUUUCCAUUUAUUGUCCUUUUAUUUAAAAAAAAUGAAUAGACAUUAAAGUGAAACCCUGAAUUGUGAGACUUGAUGAAGGAAUGUAAAAAAUUCCAAAAAGUUUUUAUGAUUUGUGGGAAAAAAGUUCAAAGUGAGUGGCUCUGUUUUGUGUUUUUCUGAAGCAUGCCUGAAAUAAAGUCUCUGUUGUGAAAAUUUGCUAAUAAAGAAGUCAAGAGGAUUAUAAAUGUCUCUGUUUUCCUUUUUAAAAUAAAG